GAAAAAUUCUGAAACGUUGCGUCGUUUGAUUCGUACGAUCUCGAGCCGUGAUUUCUGAAUGGGGUCGUCGCAUUUAUGGCAAAACGAGCGAAGCGGAGGAGCGAUGACGUAGUCGGGAAGUUGCAAGAAGGCUCGUAGACACAGCAUGACGGGAGCCUGGCGUCGAAGCGUGUGGUAAACGACGCUUUCGGAGCGGAUUCAGUGAGUCAUGCGCCGCGUCGAGCAUCGUCUCUUUUAUUUCCAAGCGAGCAUCCCCAUCGACGUUGGGAAGCCGAGUACGAAAUGGUUAUAACGAGACGGUGAAAUUCGAUUUCGCCCGCCCUGCUGAUCACACGUCGCCGCCAGACCGUAAAUUGCUUAGACGCGGAUUUCCAAACGGACACGAUAAACGAGCGCGACCCUUCCGGCUUAAACCACAAGGGUUGAAAAGAUUUCAAAAAUAUCUGUUUCAAACAGUUAUUUAACGAUCCCGCGGAUUGUAUAAAUAGAAAUUCCUCGCGAAAGGAUAUUUUUCGUAAAAACGAAAAGUUGACGAGGGUCUAACGAAAAUGGACGUAAAUGGGCGAGUUGCCCUGGUGACGGGUGCCGCUUCCGGUAUCGGAAAAUCGUGUGCUAUAGAAUUAUUAAACCAAGGCGCGAAGGUGUCCGUGUGCGACACCGACUUAGACGGAGGCGAGAAACUGGUGGAAGCCUUGUCAACGGAGCAUGGAAAGGAUUAUGUAAUUUUCUGUCAGUGCGACGUCACGGAUUAUUCACAAUUCGAGGAGUCGUUUCAAACGACAAUCGCGACCUUCGGUCACAUCGACAUCGUCAUCAACAACGCUGCGAUCAUGAACGAUCGGUUUUGGGAACUGGAAGUCGACAUCAACGUCAAUGGCGUGAUCCGCGGAACUUUGCUGGCUCAGCGAUUUAUGGGAACCGACAGGGGUGGUCGCGGUGGGAUCGUGGUUAAUAUCGGAAGCGAUGUCAGCAUCAAUCCCUACGCCAGUGUUCCAAUAUAUUCCGCCACUAAAGCAGCCAUCGUCAAUUUCACCAGAGCGUUCGGGCAUCAGUACCACGUGGACUUAAGCGGCGUGAAAGUCAUGGCGUUGUGCCCAAGCGAAAGUAAAUUGGUACGGGACGUCAGAAAAAAGCUGCUCUGGGCUCGAUACGAGGACGCCUGGCGUCGUGACGUAGCCAGCUCGGUUCCACAAGGGCCAGAGCAUGUGGCGAAGGCACUGCUCCACAUCCUGAACACUGGCAAAAGCGGAAGCAUUUGGAUGAUCGAGGAGGAUCAGCCACCGCACGAGAUCAAUUUCCCGAAAUACUAAGAAUCCUAAUGCCACGAUUCGCGUGGAUCCUCCCUCGCUUGAAUACGAAUAACUAUGCCGUACCAUAACUGCGAAUGUACCUCUAUUAUAGUCCUGAACUACAGCGACGAGGGAGCUUCGCGAACCUGAAGGGUUCAGAAAGUUUUCAAACAUCCGUUCUGGAUUUAUUCUAGGAGAAGGGGUAGUUUCACCCUAUUCCACUAAUAAAGUCUCCCGAGGACUUUCUUUCGAUGACUCAAUAUUUUCUGAACCUUCAGGUUUGCGAAUAUCCCUUGCAAGACUGCCCUGCAGCAGUCCCGGAACUGUAAACCCAUCCUAAGGGAAGCAUCUCACGACAUACCAAAGAAAAAUGGGGAGAAGGGAUAAUUUGUUGGCACGAACACUUUUUUGUACAUUGUUCCAUUACAUUUAAAGGAGAAGUUAGUUCGAUGGAGGUCGCAAACUUAAUGAUUAAUUAAACGCGUCAGUAAAAGUGUUAAAGUUAUUGCAUUCGUUACGUGUGUGAUCUCCGAGGAAAUAACGAUAUCCUUAAACUUUCACUCGAAUCUGUCUUAGCUAGUACUCGUACACCUUCGGAUUCUAUUUUCCUUUGAAAGUCACCGUGUUGAGUAGGGCUAGAAAAGUCAAAGGGGUCGUCCGACGAGUAGUGGCACGAAUGACGGUGAGAAAACACACAUUUGCAAUCUAAAGAACUGACACCGCGGAUUAAGAGUUAAGAAAUCAUUAAACGAGGUUCCACACUUAUUAAUAGGGGCUCCUUGGAUCGUAUUCAACUUGCACAUGACCCCCAAAAGUGGGGGAAGUCCUCCGAACUUUGGGACACGCGUUAAACGACACUGUUUUACGCGUUCUCGCAAGUUUCUAUUAGAGGUGAGCAAAAUUUUGUUCGAAUAAAAAAUUAAAUCAAACACACAGCGAUCUACACGUGACAUUUAUUCGAUCGAAUAGUUACUUGGAUAAGUAUUUAUUCGUUCAAUUUAAAUCUUAAUUCAACCUUUAAUCGAUCAUUUUAAAGGUUGUUCACCUUUUAUUCUUGUACUUGCUUCUGGAACAAAAAUUCUGCCCACCUCUGGCUCACGGUUACUUGUAAAAUCUAAGACUUUUUCCUAGAUAGCGACACGAAGUGUUCUAUGAUACACUUAAUGGAAAGAUAACGACGAAUUUUUUAUACUUUUCGUAUGGAUUUGAACCAAUGUUUUCUAAAUUUUUUAAUACUACUCUAAGUAUAGCGUUUUUCCGACAAUAGAGCAAGAAAUGCUUAGCGUCGAUGUCGAACUUCUGCGGCCACCUUUUCAACUGAAAACGAGUAAUUAAUAUUUAAAAUUCUGACGGCUCAAGUCGUGUAAUUUGAUACUUGAUUUGUCGUACUCUAUUGGCAGAAGAAGGGAGAGCUUUUUAAAGUUGGGGAGCUUCGAUUUCGAGAAGCGUCGACAGCCAACUUGCAGGUGAUUUCAAGCCGAACUCAGAGUACCGCGAUACAAUUUAAGGCAAUUUAUUAAGAAUAUUCAUUUUAAAAACGUCAUUCGCUUUACCUUCCGCUUCAUCGAACUUGUCUAAAAUUCCGUGAAAGUUGCAUGUAUUUUUCGAAUGCAAAGUAACCGAGUAUUUUAAACAAAACAAAAAUCUCAAUUUUCUAAUCGCAGUUUAAUUUUUAAACUGUCUAUAUACGUAGCGCACACUGCAGUAUUUUAACUCGAGAAUAGUAUUUUUGGAAGCUAUAAAUUCAAAUCAGGUAGAAUUCAUUCCAUCCACGAAACUUUUCGACGCACACCGGUCCUCGUAAUUUUUAGCGUUUUGUCUAUAAUUUCGAAGACUGCGAAAGAAUACCAUGUGAACGAUUCAAUUUUCACCGAUCAACGAAAAGAGAAACGACGAAACGAUUCUAUUUCUUCGAGAACAAGGGAAAAAAGGAAGUAAAUCGAUGAGAACGAGCCGAAGAUUUGUUCUGAGACAACAGUGUUACCGUGCUCGUAAUUUUUUAUAAGAACUUUUAAACGGUGAUUCGACCAAAGGGAGAGAAAAGAAAGAAAGUUAGGCUUAGAUAUGCGGUGUCGAGGCCUAAACUCGGUGUCUUCGACGCGCGAAACACAAUUAUUCUACAUUUUAAUCGUCCAUUCUUCGAUCGAAAGACCCCGAGCCUCUCGUUGCGAGUGUUUAUUUGUCGCUCGUCGAUGAACGAGCGUCAGCGGGUUCGAUUAGCGAUUAGAAUUUCGAUUUACUUUCCGAUCGAGCAACGUGAGCGUUUACGGGGGCUCGUAAUCGAAGGACUAUCGCACACUCGAAUAUAAACAAUGCGUACUCUCAAUCGGCGGCACGGUCGAUAGCUAGUGGAAAUUGUUGGUUUUGUUAUGAUUUGCUCGGAAAAUGUAUGUUGCAAGCCUAGCUAAUAUAGUGCAUAGCUUUUUAAAAAAAGGAGAGA